UUGACCGCAGAACGGAGCCGCAGGCCUUCGCAGCCGCAGCGUUUAGUCAACGCAUCCAUCAGUGCAAGAAAUGGUCAGAGGCCAUAUGGCUGCUCUCCACUGCGCCCUCCCGGCGCCACGUUGCGGACCUCAUCUGCCACGGUGCGGCCCUGGGACGGCGACGGCGGAAAGCGCCGUGGCGCCGGGCGGUGGCACUGCAAAGGAAGCUGCGGGGAGAGCGGAUGGAGUUGUCGUCCAUCUUCUACAACCUGCUGCUGGGUGCGCCAGAGGAAUGGCGGAAGAGCUUCCUGUUGCUCCAGGAGAUGCGACAAGAAGAGAUUGAGACCUCCGUUGUGUCGUUCAGCACCGUCAUGAGACCGGCGGCUGAAACCGAUGGCGGUUGGAGAAUGGCAUGGACCUUGCUGCGGAGUAUGCACUUUUCAGUCCGCCUGGAUGCCAUCAGCUACAGCUCUGCUAUGCCCAAGGCUGCAAGGUGGCCGCUGGUUCUGGCGCUGACCUCCCAGCUCCGCUGUGCGCUGGGCACGGAGGACGUGGUGCUUUGCAGCGACGCUGCCAGGUGCUGCGCCCGCCCCGAAGGCCUGGAAGGCCCCGAAGGGCGGUGGUGGAGGGCGAUGGAGAUGCUGACGGCGGCGAGAAAACGUGGGGUAGAGAUGAACGCCCUGGCCUUAAGUGCUGCCUGUGCUCAGUGGAUCGACGGCUUGCAGCUCUUGAGCUCCUCGCGCCGUGGACGCAUGGCUGUGAGUCGCGUGGUGCAAGGCAUGGCACAGGAUACCUGUGGUAAGGCUGAGCAGUGGCGCUGGGCCAUGCGCAUUUUUGAAGCCGAGAGGUUGGAUCCGGUCGGCUGCAGUAGCUGCAUCAGCGCCUGCAAGCACUGGCGGAUGGCGUUGACCUUCCUGGAGACCAGCAACUGCUUGGGACUGGAAGCCAGCAUCGAAUGCCUUAACGCCGCUGCUGCCAGCUCCGGCCGCUGGACGUGGCCGACGGCCCUCAGGCGGCUGCUGGACGUGAAGCUGCAGGCAAGCCUAGUGACCUUCAACCAAGCCCUGCAGCUUCCGGCCUGGCAAAAGUCCCUGCAGUUGCGGGAGAAGCUGGAGAUGAGCCAGCUGGAACCGGAUCAGGUCACCGUGACGAGCUUGGUGUCAACUCUGGGGCAAGGCCUCCAAUGGCAGCUGGCCAUGUUGCUGAAGCCGGAGGCCUCCACUAAGGCGCGAGGUGCUAUCGCCUCCAUCAGCAGCUGGCGCGAGGCUUUGAUGGAGGCCAGGAGCUGCAGGCCUGUGAUCAGCAGCAUCUUGCCCCGUUUAUGGCCGAAGUGGCGGACGGCUGGCCAAGUCUUGAAGGAUUUGACCGACUUAGGGAGCCUCCAAGUGGCAACCUACGGUGCAGCCGCCUUGAGCCUGGGCAGCAGCAGCUGGCGCUGGCCGCUGCAGCUGCUACGGGACAUGGCGUCGCAAGGCCUCGUGGCCAAUGCGCUGUCCCUGAACUCGGCCUUGGCCGGUGGAAGAUUCCCCUGGCCCCGCGCGCUGCAGCUGGCCAUGUGUGGAGCCUCCAACGACUAUGUAGUGAACUCGGCACUGGCCUGCAUGGCGCGGAGCACAAAAAGGGCCAUGAUGGGGAAUCCAGAGGCUGUCCAGGAGCACCUCUGCAAAUGUUUCGAUGCCAUCAGUUUCGUCACCUUUACCGAGGAAAAGAAGAAGGACAUCAUCGACAUGAAUGACAUGAUCAAAGAAAAGGUGCACGACACCGUGCCCUUCACCACUCCCGUGCAGACCUCUGGAAGCCCUGUGGAGAAGUGGUUGGGUGAUAUCGAACAACGCAUGGUGGAAAGCCUUCAUGCCGUGACCAAGGCAGCAGUGGGUGCAUACCCAGAGGAUGGCAUCAUCCGAAAGGAUUGGCUCUUUGGACCCUUCCCCGCCCAAUCGGCUCUGGCGGUGGAUCAGAUCAUGUGGACCAGCUGUGCUGAGGAGGCCUUGAAUCAGGUGGAAGCCGGCGAUGCCGAGGCCAUGAAGCGAAAUAUUGCCUUCACCAACAAGCAAAAGGAGCACAGUGUUGAUUUGGUCAGGUUGGACCUGACCAAGUUGCAACGCGUCUUGAUGGGUGCUCUCAUCGUGCUGGAUGUGCAUGGCAUCUCGGUUCUGGAGCAGAUCGAGGCUGCCAAGUGCAGGUCCGUCAACGACUUCGACUGGAGCAAGCAGCUUCGCUACUACUGGGCUCUGGAAGAUGUUUGUUCCUAUGCCUGGAGCUUGGGGAAAUGCCACAGGUCCGAUGGUACCAAGGCAUCUGACACGUGCAUCGUGAAACAAACCAUCGCCAACAUCAGGUACUCCUUCGAGUAUUUGGGCAACACUCCUCGACUGGUGGUGACACCCCUGACGGACAAGCACCUGAGCUCAGUAGCUUUUGUGAAUUGGGCAGGUGGACCACAGAAUUUGGGUGGACCUGUGAGUAUAUAUAUAUACAUAUAUAUAUACAUAUAUAUAGGCGUAGGCAUCAAAAAAAAAUAA